UCCAGCGCUCUAUCCAUUGAGCUAACCGGGAGGCGGUUAGGCGGCUAUAUAGCGAGAACUUGUCGAACUGAAGCUCUUAACCGACCAAGUUCUCUACGCAUGCAAGAAGCGAGAAUGGAACCCAGCGAUGGGCCUUUGCAGCGCGAAGGAAUCUUCCGUGCAGAAAUAGAUGAUGAGCUCCCUCCUUCAAUGGCAACAGGUUUGGCGUUAUUUGGCAAUGAGUCCAAGAAAGUUAGGGUAACAAGGGAUGGUCUGGCUAUGCUUGGAGAGGAAAUUCCUGUCCCAUGUCAGGUUGCUGUGUCUCGCUAUAAACGAUCACGGGAUGAGGUCGAAAGACAGGUCGAAGAGUCUGUAAAGCGUCUCAGGAGUGAGACUGUCUCACGCUACGAAAGUGACGAAUUUGCAGGGAAAGGUUACCAGGAGUCAGAUGCAGAAACAUCUGACUCAGAGGAAGCUUCAGAGAAUGAAGACUCUGAUCCUUUAGGUAAAUUCAAAGAAUUACUCGAAAGUAAGUUCCUACAUAUGCAAAUUUUAGAAUGAGGGUAGAGGAUGAAUUUAAUUAAUUGCGGCUAAGUUAUCCGGAAUGCAUGGGAAUGGGAAUCGUUUUCCCAAGUGCUUGUCGGGUUUGGGGAAAAGGGAUUCGUAUGACAUUGACGUUUUCGGUUACUUCCUUGAAUUUCAAUUCCAAGAGCUGCCUUUUUGAAAUUUCUUCAUAAAUUGAGAAACGCAGCUUUCAAUUUUCAUUGUUCGGAGGAGAACGGAAUUUCAAGUUCACUUCCCACCUUCUCUUCUCUGUUUUUUUUCUCUUUCAUAGGUUUUCAACGGGUAACUCGUUGGUUACAGUGCUAGUAAAAUUGAUAUCGUCAAGACCGCAAACGUGCUCUUACUGUGCAAGAUUAGAAAAGAACUUUGUUACAUAACCUUAUUACUUAAUUUCUGAAUCUUACCGGCCCUACAUCUGAGUUAAAGAUAUUUUUUUGGAGGACAUAAAACUAUCCACGACAUCGCAAUGACAUGAACUCCUACGAAAGCUUGCCUUUUUCAUACUCCAUUGCGUUCAGUGUGGGACACACUUAAUUCUUUAACUUUUUCAGUUAACAACAUUGUUUACUGACUUAUUUGUUUAAAAUUUUUUUUUUUGGCAGUUCAUUAGAUGUAGAAUUGUGGUAAAAUUCUAAGAAGUGUGCUGUAAGAAGAUGGGAUUAUUUCCAUGUACUUAAAAACCUUUUA